AUGACCGGCAUGCGCAAGGCGGCUGGCGGCAUCCCCAAAAAGACCACCUUUGAGAAACUGGGCGCGUCGCAUGUUUGCUUAGCGAGCGCCCUGAGCUCCUGGUCGAACCAUGGGGAGAAUCACGUCGCGAGGCUGAAGCCGUCUCCUGGUGUUUUCCCAGGGUUGAAGAAGAUCGGGUCCUCUGAUUUUCCGCGCCCUAUGCGGGAGCUUGCCUUGAAAUGGACGAAGGAGAUUUCAGACCGAGAGACCGUUGGUUCUGGAUCGCCGGAUUUCGGAGAGCCUUUGCAAGGAAUCUUAGGGAACGAGAUCACUCGGCUCUGUUUCUUCUUGCCAUUCCUUGAGGCGGGCUGGAUGCCCCAAAUCGAGCCAAACUUUCAUAACCCAAAAGAAAGACCAAAUAUGACUGAGUCUUGUAGAGUCUGCGAUCCGAGGUCCGAGGGGCGACCUGCGGACUCCCUGCAAAUUGACCGCAUCGCGAUAGCCUAUGCCAUUGACGCUACAGCCAUCGAAGAUGUCAUGGAAAUUUUUGACCACCGGCUUGCCACAGUUCCACUGACCGGGGAGACUGUAAUGGUCCGCUUGAACAGCAGGGAGGUUGCAUGGAGGUCUAAAGUGAAUGUCAUCGCUUUACCGGACCUGAGGACCGCCGGCAAGUUGAAGCCGAAAGAAAUGUGCCAAGAUCCGGAGAAGCCCAAUGUUUGGGUGAACCGGAGCUUUUGGAACUUGCCCCGUUCGACAAGGAGAAUUCGGUCCAAACAGCAGAUUGGUGGAACUGACGUCGAUCUGGGCACCCCUAGAUUCAAGGAAAGCGGCGGGAGGAAUGUGGGAAGCGGGAAGCGUUCACGGAUCGUCUUCCGCCGUACGAUUUAUUUGCGGACCGGCAUGGCGGUGCGGGUGGCUGAGAGUCUAGACUGUUGCAGGUUUCUCCCGAGUGCUAGGAAGAUUCAUCUUUGCCCGGUCUGGAAGCCGUCUGUCCCUCGGAAAGGUGGGAAACCCCAACUCGGAGCUGGCAGUCCGAGCCGGACUGCCGAUGCUAUUCUCGAAAAGCGACCAAAGAUGGCACUUGCGGUUACCAGAUCCCGCUCGGUCGGGCGCCUGCAGAACACUCUCAUCACUCUAGCUCAUGGAGACAUCCGUCUUAUUCCGUCCCUCUCUGCGACUCAACUAAAUCGAAGCAAUGACGUCGGCGAUGGCAACCGGUCAGCCACGUUGCGCAAUUCAGCCGCAAAGUUUGGUCAGGAGUUCAGCCUGAGGAGGACUAUUUGGCUCUCUCGAUACGGAUACAUUUGUGAUGUCCUGGGCCCUCUCCACCUUUCAUUUAGCAUGUUCCAUCAUAGCAACGUUCGACUCGCGGAUGUAAUUGUUGAACGGGAAGUCUCGACCAAGAGGUCUUCGUUAACUGUUUGCAGUUACAGUCGAGGUAAGACAGGGCCCCCAUCCCAGGUCAUUAGCAGUGGCGGUGGUAUACAAUGUCCGAUUGACACCUUAGUUGGCGAUGCUGUGUGCGGGUUGGAUACCAAAUCGGCUGGAAGUAGUGGCGAUGCAUUGAGAGAAGGUCAUUGUCUUAGUCCAGGCGGGAAGACUGGACGAGGACAAGUAAUCCAGCCGCAAGCUUCGGCCGCUUCUCGAUCUAGCAUCUCUCAGAGACAUUUCGCCCUGGUUGCUCGCCCGUUCACGGAUUGUGACCGCUUCCCAGCCCUUCUCUAA